AUCAAUUUUUAACAAGGGGACCGCCCAAUUUCAAGAGGCGAACGGGUGACAGCAAAACGAAAUCGCCCGACUACUUAUCUCCUCCGCACUUCCUACUCGAGGCACGCUUUCUCCGCCAUUGCUUUCCUCUGGAGCAGUCCCUUCUCCUGAUCAAUCCCUCAAGCACUUCCGGUCUCUGUUUCUCUCCUCUCUCUUUCUUCCUUCUUCGGGUAAACGGAAACCUUACCCGGAAACAAUCUCAAGGGAUCGAGGGGGGAGAGAGAGAGAGGGGGGCAGAGAGCGAGAGAGGGAGAGAGAGAUUUGUCAUGGGGGAAACCGCGGAAGCCCCCCAAGGCAAAACCCUAAAGCUCGUCCUCCUCGCGAUCAACUGCGCCAUGCUAGCCCUCGGCACGUGCGGCGGCCCGCUCAUCAUGCGCCUCUACUUCCUCCACGGCGGCAAACGCGUGUGGCUCUCCAGCUGGCUCGAGACGGGCGGGUGGCCCAUCAUCUUCAUCCCCCUCGCGGUAGCCUACUUCCGCCGGCGCGCCGCCGAGGGCCCCUCCGCCCGCCUCAUCCUCAUGGACCCCUUCCUCUUCGCCGCCGCGGCCGUCAUCGGGGUCCUCACGGGCCUCGACGACUACCUCUACGCGUACGGCGUGGCGCGGCUCCCCGUCUCGACCUCGGCCCUGCUCAUCGCCACGCAGCUGGCCUUCACGGCCGGGUUCGCGUUCCUGCUGGUGAGGCAGCUGUUCACGUCGUACUCGGUCAACUCGGUAUUCCUGCUGACGAUGGGGGCGGGGGUGCUGGCGAUGCACACGAGCAGCGACCGGCCGGCGGGGGAGUCGAAAGGUGAGUACUACGCGGGGUUCUUCAUGACGCUUGGGGCGGCGGCGCUGUACGGUUUCGUUCUGCCGCUGGUGGAGCUGACGUACAAGAAGGCCAAGCAGACGGUCACAUACUCGCUGGUCUUGGAGUUCCAGUUGGUGAUGUGCUUCUUCGCCACCGCUUUCAACACCGUCGGCAUGCUGGUCAACAAGGACUUCCAGGCGAUUCCUGAAGAAGCGAGGAACUUCACGCUCGGAGAAACCCGGUACUACGUGGUGCUCGUGUGGAACGGGAUCAUCUGGCAGUUCUUCUUCUUGGGAGCUAUAGGGGUCAUCCACUACGCCUCCUCUCUGUUCUCAGGAAUCAUGAUCGCCGUCCUACUCCCGAUCACCGAGAUCCUAGGCGUCAUAUGCUUCCACGAGAAGUUCCAGGUGGAGAAGGCCGUGUCCCUGGUCCUCUCUCUCUGGGGCUUCGUCUCGUACUUCUACGGCGAAUUCAAACGUGGCAAGAAGGAAAAGAAGCAGCAGCAGCAGCAGCAGCAGCUGCAGCAAGAUACCGAACCGCUUCAACAAGGCCUUCCUUGAAAGUGAAAAAGUGAAAAGACAUGGCUUUUACUUAGGCAGCUGUUAUAGUGUGUGUUAUUUCUGGCCCGCAUGAAAGUAACAAAAGGAUCUUCUUACAUAAUUUAGGAGGUGAUUACUGAUUACUGCCAGCCUGCGAUCGCAUGCUGUCCCACAGCGCUGCUACUCGCGAUCUGCAUUGUAGCAGAAUUUAUCUAGUCUUUCUUUACCGUCUUUGGUGGUUGGAUGUGUAACGACGAGAUGGAAAAGAAUUAAAGGUCCAUUCAAGUAAAAAAGUGAGUUCAAGGGGGAAAAAAUAGAAUUUGAAAUUGUAAUUGAAGAUUUGUGUUGCUGCACGCAUAGAUGCAUGCCAUAAUUUAAUGCGGUACGUUUGAUUA